AAGAAUCGAAGGAGAAGCGAGGAGAACCCUAGGCCUUCUCUUCGUUUCUUGUCCGCCUCUAUCCUCUUCUCUUCCUCUCCGUACGUCUGAACUCGGCUUCCUUGCUUCCGCAGCUCCGGCCACUUCCCGCCGUCGCCGUCGCCGUCGCCGUCGGACUCAAGUUCCGGGAAGCAAGGGCCCGAACCGAAGGCGAAGGAAUGACGCGAUCCUUGUGGAAGGGCAUCUUCGUCGACGCGUUCCUGUCGAAGAUCAAGGACCGGAGGGACCUCCUCUCGAACAAGAAGAUCUGGUCGCGCCGGUCCUCCAUCCUGCCGGAGUUCGUCAACACCACCAUGCGGAUUUACAACGGGAAGAACUUCGUCCGCUCCAAGAUCACCGAGGACAAGGUCGGCCACAAGUUCGGCGAGUUCGCCCUCACCCGGAAGCGGAAGAUCCACAGGACGAACACCGGGUCGGCCAAGAAGGGAGGCAAGAAGUAGAGCGUAAUUUGGGUAUGAUCCGAUUCCAGUAAAAAACUUGAUCUUGAAUCGUGCUUUGAGAUUCAAAUGAGUUGGGGAUGAAAAGGGUCGACGGUGAAGCAGAUAGAAAUCUAGGAUGAAAUGAGUGGGAAGCGGUAGAUGGCAGAGUAACUCCACAUCUUGACUCUGUUCUUGAUUCCUGCAUACAGCUUUUUACAGAGGUUUUUUUUUGGGUUGAGCGUACUUGAAUGAAGAUUUCUUUGGUCAUCUGUUUAAUCUACACAUGGGAUGACCGUACUGUCCCUUUCCAUCUGAUAAAUUCGUAUUUUGUUGUGUCUAAAUAAGAGCUGAAGCAAAAAUUUGCCACGAUCAAGGGCUGAUGAUCACUGUGUAUUUUGCAUGCUGAUGAUUGAUCUCUGAGCUUUCCUAGACUCAUUAGGUUAGUA